AUGACCUCCGAACUCGACCAUAAUCCCGCCUCCAGCACCUCUCCGAAACCUCAUGGCAAAAGUCCAAACCUUCCUGAUGAGCUAUCAUAUAUAAUUCCAGCAUUUCUUCCUUCCCAACUUCCGUCUUUCCGCUCCAAAGCUUAUUUGGUGCUCUCCUCUUUCUGCCAAGGAGUGCGCACGUCUUCUCCAACCCCUAAAGAUGAACAGGAUGAUCGUGCAACCCAAUCGUUGGUCGCAACGUUCCUUCCGAUAGUAGAAUCUCAUCUUGCAGAACCUACUGAAGGGGAGGUCAUUGUUGGACUAUCGUUUCUCUCUGCUCUUUUUCAAGUCGAUUGGCAAUGCGCCUCCACCAUCUUCCAGCAAGAUUCCAUCUUCACAUCUAUCUCCGAUAUACUCGAUCUUUACCCAUCUGACACUGUGGCAAGGGAGGCUGCUCAUCUUCUCUCGCAGGCUAGUGGACACAAGGCUUGUCGGGCGGUGCUACCCUCUGAUUGCGUCCAAUGGCUGUACUCGUCGUUGCGUCAAACGCAGGAUAAAACCCUCCGGUCAGCGGCAGCCAUCGCGGUUGUCAAGCUUUCUCGGGGUACGUCCAACGAUGCUUCUGUCAUCUCGGAAGUGCAGAAGGGCUCGCCUGCGGUAGACGAGGAUCUAGUGACUUUAAUGAAAGGCCUAGUGAUCGACGGCGACGCGAACUCUAUUGGCGACGCAGUCGAAGGUUUGGCGUACAUGAGCGUGGAGCCAGCAGUCAAGGAGACGUUAUCCAAUGAUCCCGCCUUCUUGUCUCGACUUUUCUCUCUUAUCCCUUCUUCCAAGAAAAAUUCUUCCAGAACUCCACAUGAUCCUGCUUUCGCUCUUCUGUAUGGUGUGGCCAUCAUCAUUUCCAACAUUUGUGCCUAUCAGCCUCGCCUUUCCAAUGAGGAUACCCAAAUGGAGAAAUUACGACGAAUGGCGAAGGCUGGGGCAGGGUCAUCGCAGAAGCUCGAGGAUAUCACCUUAGAUCCGUUGGAAGAUGACGAAUGCGUUAAACGUCGAGGGAGGAAGCUGGUCCAGGGCGGCGGCUUGGCUGUUUUGACAACCGCUAUCCGGGUCACUGAUAGUCGAGGAGUUCGGAUCGUUGCGAGCAAGGCCUUUUUGAACCUAAUUGAAGACAAGGAGAAUAGAGGCAAGAUAUUACAGAGCGGAGGAGCCAAAUCUUUGUCACUUUUCAUCCGUGGGUCCUUGUCCUCGACAUCCUCGUCUGGCUCACAACAGACAAUCAACGGUUUGGAGCAAGCCGACCUCGAAGCUAUUCAGGCAUUAGCGAAACUUGCUAUUACAGCUUCGCCUGUACAGGUUUUUGGACCAGAUGAAGGCGCUAUAUACGAUUCUAUUCGACCGUUCACCGCUCUGCUUGUACACCCAUCCUCGACACUCCUACAACGCUUUGAAGCAAUGAUGGCUUUGACCAAUAUCUCGUCUCACAGUGCUGAAGCAGCGAGCCGUGUUUCCAAAGCUGAUAGUCUUCUUGCUAAGAUAGAAUUCUUGGUUCUGGAAGACCACACUCUUGUACGACGGGCGGCCACGGAAUUAAUAUGUAAUCUCGUGGCAGGAUCAGACGAGGUUUUUGAAAGGUACUCAGGCGGAGACAGUGCCACCGAGAAUGCGAAGUCUAAACUACACAUCUUGCUUGCAUUGUCGGAUGUCGACGACCUUCCAACGCGACUUGCUGCAUCAGGUACACUUGCGACCUUGACCGCUUCUCCCGCCGCAUGUCGUGCCCUUCGUGACUUGGAAAACGAACGACACCGAGUGCUGCGUACUUUCACCCAACUCAUUGACCCCGAUGGAAUGUCUUCCAAUGAAGAACAGGUCGAUGAUAUUCGCGCAGAUCCAGGAUUGGUUCACCGAGGGGUAGUAUGCGUUCGCAAUUGUCUUUUCAACUUAGAUGAAAGGUCACGGAGAGCCUUGACAGAGAUGGAUGAGAUGAAUCGUCUCUCCAAGGCCCUUGUGAAGGCUCUGAAGGAUAAUACGGAGAAUCCAGGAGUGUUCAGACCUACCGCAGAGGCGCUGAAGUUGCUUAUCGAUGUUGGAAUGAAGGUUGCGGCAUGAGUUUGGACUCGGCUACAGUAUUAACCAUGUACGGUGUACUUGUUCGAAAUCCCCACCCGGCUAUGAAACCGUAUAACUGCUA